AUGAAUAAGCAAGAUUGGCACUGUGAUCGAAUCGCCGCACCGUGGGCGUCCGAUACGCCUGGACCGGAUACCGAAUGUUUAUUCCGCAAGGAGUUUGAUGUGAAAACUUUCAUUCAUGCCGAGCUAGCUAUCACUGCUCAAGGUGUAUACGAGGCGGAAAUUAAUGGCCGACGUGUGGGCGACCACUUCAUGGCCCCAGGGUGGACAUCUUAUGACAGAAGACUCCAAUACCAGACAUACGACGUCACGGCAAUGCUGUCAAGCGGUCGCAACUGUAUUGGCGUUCGUGUCGCCGAAGGCUGGUUCUGUGGGCGUAUCGGUUUCGAAGGUGGGCAUCGAAAUAUUUGGGGGCCUCAUCCAGCAUUGAUGGCCAAGCUCAAAGUCCAUUAUGCCGACAAUACCGUUCAAAUCAUUACUACCGACACCACCUGGGUUGUUCAGAGAGGUCCAAUUAGAUUAGCAGAAAUAUACAAUGGAGAAAAGUACGACGCAACCCAAGAAGUCCAGCAUUGGUCGACCAUUGCGCCCGACGGAGUUAUCGAUCUUUGUGAAACCUGGAUGCCUGCGCUCUGUAUGCCGCCCUUACCUGAGAAAGUCGAGCUGACGGCAGGGUUUGGUGAGCCUGUGAGGCGGAUUGAGAUCAUCAAUCCGAUUCAGCAACUUGUAUCCCCAACUGGCAAAUUGGUUCUUGACUUUGGUCAGAAUUUGGUGGGAUAUGUCAGGCUGAGAAAUAUUAGGGGUCCUCGGGGUCACAAAAUAAUUGUUUCUCAUGCUGAGGUUCUCGAAAAUCAGGAACUUUGCAUCAGGCCUCUUCGACAAUGCGACGCAGUUGAUGAAUACAUCCUCAAGGGAGACCCAACCGGCGAGAAUUACGAGCCUCGGUUCACCUUCCACGGAUUUCGAUAUGCCCAGAUCGAUGGAUGGACCAGCGAUUUUACUUUGAUCGACUCAGUCGAGGCAAUCGUGUGUCAUUCUGACAUGGCUGAGGUCGGCUCAUUCGCCUGCUCCGAUAAGUUGAUCAAUCAGCUAUACCAGAACAUCCGCUGGGGCAUGAAAGGCAAUUUCUUGUCCGUGCCAAGUGACUGUCCUCAACGCGAUGAGCGCUUAGGUUGGUCUGGAGACCUUGCACUCUUUGCUCCAACGGCAGUGCUACUGUUCGACUGCUAUGACUUUCUUAAGAAUUGGCUUGUCGAUGUUUGGUAUGAUCAGCAGACCCUCGAUGGUGUCCCUGCCAUGGUCACACCCAAUGCGACACUCCCAGAUCCUAUCUGGUGUCGUCGAAAGCCUUGCGCAAUUUGGCAUGAUGUUACUAUUCUUGCUCCAUGGGCGCUGUAUGAGGAGACUGGAAAGAUUGAAAUCCUCGAACAGCAAUAUGAAAGCAUGACGACCUGGAUGCAAAAAUUGCCUAGAAAUAAGGAAGGUUUGACUCACCUCUGGGAUAUCAGUAUUUUUCAGCUUGGGGACUGGCUCGAUCCAGAUGCACCACCUAACGCACCAUGGAAAGGCAAGACAGACGCACAGCUGGUAGCCAAUGCGUUCUUGAUUCACAGUCUAGAACUCAUGACAAAAAUCACAAAUCUCCUUCAAAAAAGCGAAGAAAAAUGCAAGUUUGAACAGGAGUGCGAAGCUACCAAGAAAGAAUUCCAGGAAGAAUAUGUGACCUCAAACGGUCGCCUGGUAUCUGAUAGCCAAGCAGCCUAUGCCAUCGCGAUAUGCUUCGGCCUCCUGACUCCCGCACAACAAGAACGAGCCGGGAACCGCCUUGUCUAUCUCGUGCGAAAAAACAAUUUCCAAAUCGGAACAGGUUUUGCGGGAACUCCAUUUCUGUGUGAGGCCCUCGCUCUGACCGGCCAUAUCAAUGUUGCCUAUGCGAUACUCCUGGAAAAAAGCUGUCCUUCAUGGUUGUAUCCAGUAACCAUGGGUGCAACUACCGUGUGGGAGCGGUGGGAUAGUAUGCUACCUGAUGGAUCAAUCAAUCCCGGUGAGAUGACUUCGUUCAAUCAUUAUGCAUUUGGGUCAAUCGCAAAGUUUUUGUAUGAGAGAUUGGCAGGUCUGCAGAGAAUCGAGCCGGGAUGGAAGAAAUGUCGCAUUGCUCCUCGUAUUGGCGCGGAAUUCUCGGAGGCUUCUGCUUCGCAUAAAAGUCCCCUGGGUCUUGUCUCCUGUUCUUGGAAGACUAUUGACUCCUAUGAGAAGCAAAGCCAUUUUGAAGUCAAAGUUACAGUCCCGCCGGGCAUGACGUGUGUAAUUAUCCUUCCAGAAGGGUCAGGAGAGCGGAAGAAGACUGUUGGUCAAGGGGAAUGGACCUUUGAAACUGAUUUUACGCGAGAUUACGAGUGGCCUGUGCAGCCUUUGCCUCCUAAGUCUUGA